UCGAGACUAAUGUUGAUUUUUUUAUUUCAGAUUUAUUAUGAAACCCAGUUUGCAUUUUAGUUCCCUGGUAAAAUAAUCGAAGUGCUUGUAUAUGUUAUUUAGCAAAAACCAAGUCUUUAGCUCUCUCUUCAAAUCUACCCGCAGAACUCAUUCUUGCCUCAAACCACUUCGCUUACUUGGGCCAUUCAAUUUCCAAAUCUAUUUUCUCAGCAAAUCUUAUCUAUCGAAAAUGUCUGACGGACCUCUUAACGUUGUGUUUGUCCUCGGGAAACCUGGAUCGGGAAAAGGAACUCAAUGCGAAAAAGUGAUAAAUGAGUUCUCAAGAUGCAGACAUCUAUCGGCUGGAGAUCUGUUGCGAGAGAAGCGAAAAGAAAACGACGAGACAAGCGAACUGAUUGAAAAUUGCAUCAAAGAGGGAAAAAUAGUCCCAGUUGCGAUCACAAUAUCACUGCUACAAAAGGCAAUGGAGAAACAACAGAGCCUGGUGAAUAGCAGUGAUCGUCUUCUGUUCCUAAUCGAUGGUUUCCCGAGGAACAAAGACAACUACGACGGGUGGAACAAACAGAUGGACAAAGUGGCCAGGGUACACGGGGUGCUGUUCUUCAAUAUAUCAGAUGAAGUGGCAACUGACAGGUGUCUGAAGAGGGGCGCGGGGGGCAGUGGGAGGUCGGAUGACAAUGUGGAGAGCAUCAAAAAGAGACUCAAUACAUACGUAGACACUCAGAACGUGAUCGAGGAAUACAGAAAGGAAAACCUGGUUUCAGAGUUUAAAGGCGAAGACACGGUCGAAGAUAUUUUCAAGAAAGUGCACGAAUUGGUCAGUUCUACUUUGAGCAAAUGUUCAUAGUACCAAUUACGCAGUCAGAGGUGACAGUUUUAAACUGGAGAAGUGUACAAAUAUUUUCAACCUGGGAUGGUUUUUCCGAAGGGAAGCUGCUAUUAAAGAUGCAAAUAUCACUGGUUUAUGAAUACCCUUGUCAAAAAAAUGUACAGUCAGUCAUUAUCUAAUUAUCUAAAGUGUUCACCUGUUUAAAAAUUGUUCACUAUUUAAUAAAAGUCUAUUCAUCGUU